AAGCGGAGAAGCAGAAGGUGGUGUUGUGGUCAGUAGACCACGCCUCCGUGCUCAUAUACUGAGGAAUACAGAGGAUCAGAAACAAGAGCUGAACUAUUGAAGAUUUUCCAGUUCAGCCUGAAUGAAUGCUAACAGAAUGAAAUGAAUGAUGUCCUUAUAUGUGCUUCCGUAAACACAUCAGGACAUUCCACCAAGAGGAAUGUUAAGCUGGCGAAACAGGUGAUAUAUAUGAAUAUGGAGUCCAGAGGAUGUUUCAGUACUCAGCAAACGUCAUCUGGUACCCUCCACAUGAACACAUCUCAUAGGCAAACACAGAAACGCAGCAAGGAGAAAACUCACUAUUGCUUAGAGUGUGGAAAGAGUUUUAUUCAACAGUCUCAUCUUAAAAUACACCAGCGCUUUCACACUGGAGAAAGGCCUUAUCACUGCUCAGUUUGUGGAAAGAAUUUUACCGUACAGAGUCAUCUCCAACAACACCACCGCAUUCACACAGGAGAGAAGCCGUAUCAGUGCUCAGAGUGUGGGAAGAGUUUUAAUCGUCAGAGUCAUCUCCAAGAACACCAGCGUAUUCACGCAGGGGAGAAGCCGUAUCAGUGCUUCGAGUGUGGGAAGAGUUUUAAUCGUCAGAGUCAUCUCCAAGAACACCAGCGCAUUCACACAGGAGAGAAGCCAUAUCAGUGCUCAGAGUGUGGGAAGAGUUUUAGUCAUCAGAGUUCUCUCCAACAACACCAACGCAUUCACACAGGAGAGAAGCCGUAUCACUGCUCAGAGUGUGGGAAGAGUUUUAAUCAACAGGGUCAUCUCCAGGAACACCAGCGCAUUCACACAGGAGAGAAGCCGUAUUACUGCUCAGAGUGUGGGAAGAGUUUUAAUCGACAAAGUAGUUUUCAAGAACACCAGCGCAUUCACACAGGAGAGAAGCCAUAUUACUGCUCAGAGUGUGGGAAGAGUUUCAGGCAUUCAAAAACUAUGACAAAACACAAGUGCACUAAGAGCAUGGUGGAACAGGGCAGUAAUGAGUGUAACCUUAACACAUUCCAGGAGUAAAAGACUCCAGGGAGUGGUGCUUCUGGCGCAGAUUUCAAAUUGUUCUUAGGGGACAACCACAUGUCUACCCUAUUUCUAAAACAAGGAUAAAAUAAAGUAUUAUAGUGUCCUCCACAGGUUCUGUCUUUCAAAGGAAGUUCAAGGGGCGUGGUAUGGAAUGUAACACCCGCACAUGCCCCUCCUCUUGUUGAAAAAAAGGAUAUUUUGCUGUUAUUAAUGUUGUUUGUUAGUUGAUGAUGUGUGUGUAUAUAUGUUUUGACUCUGUUUUAUUAUGUUCUGUUGUGGGUUAGUUAGUGUGAUUCAGUGUUCACUAUCAAGUCAGGUCAGAGUUUAUUUAUAUAGCGCUCUUUACAACAGGUGUUGUGCAGCUUUAGAGAAAAUCCAGG